AUGCUAGGCUACAUCUCCUCAACACGUAAAAAGAGUUGCACGGCUUGCGUAAAGGCCAAGCGGCGCUGCGACCUGGGCUACCCCUUUUGCAAACGAUGCUUUGUCAAGGGCCUCGACUGCGCAUAUCCCACUCCACCUAAAACGCCUGUUUCGGUCCGCGACACUGAGAUUGUUAUCAGACACACUGACACACCACCACGCGACUCCAGCCAGCCUGCAACUGCAACUAUCGCUUCCGCUUCCGCUACCGCUGCAACUAACGCGGCCACAAGCGUAGAGCCGGACUGCGACUUCGCUCGCGAUCCGUGGAUAGUAUUAAGGCGCGACGGCGGCGAGUCGAGCGAAUCCGACGAGGCCUCGUUGUCGUCGUCGUCGGAGUCGAGUCCAGAGGUGUGGAUGGGACAUGACAAUUCGUUGACGGCGCGACUGCCGCUACGCAGGACCUUGCUACCCACCGUAGUCGUGCCUGUGCUGCUCAACGAGCAGCAGAGUACCUUCGUCAUCGAAGGGCUGUGCUCGCUCGUCACUAGCAUGGCGUGUUCGGGUACAACGCAUUUCUUGCAUCGCAAUCUGUUUGCCGAUCACGAUCAGCCCGUGGCAUAUCAGGAUUGCGUUGCCUUAUCUGCACUCUACAUGGCCCAGAAUGCAAGCUACACUGGUAAUAUCCUAGUCAAUAGUAUCAACGCCAAGAUCGCUGCCUUGGUGAAAGAGGCGCCGACUUGGUCGUUGAUGCAGCAUCUAGCGGCUGUGCAGGCGCUCAUCAUUUAUCAGAUUAUCCGUUUGUUUGAUCCCAUUCUGGGUGCGCAGGAACAGGCUGUCAAGCAUAAUGUGCUGCUUGAACAAUGGGCUACAAGUCUUUUUCAUCGCUCUUGUUAUGACAUGCCGUUUUUUGCGGAUGAGCGCUCGCGUUGGGUCUUUACUGAGUCGCUACGACGCACCUUAUUCAUGGCCGUGUUUACGCGAUGCUCAUGGAGUGUGUUCACAUGUGGCGGGCUUGCGAGUCAAGUCCAUGUGUUGGCUGGUAUGCCGCUGACAAAGGAUUUGGGGAGAUGGAGUCAAGAAGAAGAUAAAGCGCUGUGUCAGGGCGAGAGCAUGCAGAGUCAAGAGCAAGAGUUGAUUUCUUAUGUCGACAUGUCGGUGGAUUGGUCACAUGACAAGUCUGUCGAGGAGCUGGGGUCUUUUGGCCAAUUACUUCUCGUGCCUUGUCGUGGUCGUGAUGACGUGAGAUUGUUGGGGUGA